GUGUUUUAUUACCUGUACUACCAGGAUCUGAGCCCUUCGACAACAUUAUUCUGCCUCCACUGCAGAACAUGUACAUGUACGAGGAGUCUAAGCUGUCUUUCAGAUACAACUCUGCUUUCUUGAUAAAGAAUGCAACCCUGCAAGAACGGGUCAGUAUAUUUGACGACUUGGUAACUUUUUAAUCCACUUGCUUACCCCUCAGUGCGCCGUCCCUCUCUGACCAGAGUUCAGUUAUUGCAUGAUAAUAUCUGUGUAAUACUUGAUAAUACAUGAUCGUACUUGUACUUCUACAUGAUAGUAUAAGUGUUAUAUUUGAUAGUACAUACUAUGUGCAAUACUUGGUAUUUCUUGUGCUGUUCAGUCAGUUGUUAAGUAAAUCGGUUUACUUUUGCUAGCAAGAUGUUGGUCACAUGCGACAAAGAAUGACCUUUUUCUUGUUUGACAGUAUGAGGCCUUCCGAACUGAAAGGAGAGGCAUGGGAUACUCAGAGGAAGAACUGGAGGAGUCCUAUGGGUUCUUGCUUUUCGACGACGAAAAUAAGGUGAAAAUAAUAAAUAAGAAAGAAUAUCAAUGAACACCAGAAUAAUAUCACUCUAAACAUAUUAAUAACCAUUUCUACAUUUAUAUUUCUGUAAAAAAAAAGGAAAGAAAGUCACACACUGUAUACUUUUUUUAAAUGGAGAAACCGAUAUCAGUAAUUUCUUGUCAUAGAAAACUACCUCAAAACAUCCCAAGCAAAGUUACUGAUCACUACUAAUCACUAUUUUUCGAUUUUAAAGGCAAAUAAAGUGGGAGAAACUGGUGUAGUCCCUGGACACAGCACAUGCUCAACGCUUGGAGAUCCUUCAAAGGGUAAAUGAGCUCCGCCAUAUUGUUUUAUAACUCCUCCGCCAUAGAAAACGAGAUAUCACCCACUGGGCACACCACGUAAUUUCAAGGUUGAAAUGUGGGUAAUAUUUGGUUGAGAUGUUGAUCAAUGACAUUUAAACCUUUAUUCACCCACUGAAUUCCCAAUGUGUUAUCACUAUGCUUUCAACCAUUUAAAAGCAACAAAGUUCAAAUAGGAAGAUAAUGUCAGACAUUAUGGAUUUAUACAACAACUUAAUGUAUUAUUACUGUGCUUCAUCUAGUAGCACAACCAAAUGACCUGGAUUGCAGUUGAGAUUACAUUAAAAGUACACAGUGCAAGUGAUCAAUGCUGUUCAAGAGUCUGCACAGAUUAUUAUAGCAAUUGUGAAGAUUUCCACAGACCUGCUAUGAUGAACAUGCAUGAUUUCUAUGAUUACAUAAUAGUAACAGUAACCUCAAUAUGUGGCCAUGGAUGCAUUACUCAUUUUAAGGUUGAAUAAAUACUGUUACAUUAGUUUGUAAGAUAGUCUUAACUUUUGUCUAUUUACUGUAUUAGAAAAGUAAUAUUGAAUUGUGUUUGGUUAACAACACAACCAAAUAUCAACAUUUAAAAGAUAUGUAUCUAAUGUUUGGAUAGUUUCAUCUGAGUCACUGGCUAAAUCCUAUUCUUUAACUUUUAUUUUUGGUUUAUUUGCAGAUGUGAAUCCAACAUAUCAUUUAUUAACUUGCAAGUUAUUGGGCUAUUUACUGUAUUGCGAAAGUGAUAUUGAAUUGUAUUUAGUUCUCAACGCAACCAAAUAUCAACAUUAGAAGGAAAUUAAUAUUUUGUGCCACUGAUUUAGUCUAGCUUUAUUUCCAGUUUGUCGAGAAAUUAAUAAUUGAUAUGUUAUAUUCACGUCUCCAUCACAAACAAAAAUCUAAAUUAAAGAAUAGGACUAAAUCCUAUCAAACUUUAUUUAAAGUGCAUUUAAAGUUUGAUUUGAUUUAGGCAUAUUCUUUAACUUCGAUUUUUGGUUGAGAUGGAGAUGUGAAUUCAACAUGUCAAUUAUAUAUUUGUAGACAAACUGGAAUUAAAGCCAGACGAAAUCAGUGGCACAGAUGGAACUGUCCAAGCAGAAGAUACAUCUCCUUCAAAUUAUAUUUGGUUGCAUUGACAACCAACCACAAUUCAAUAUCCAGUUUGUCUACAAAUUAAUAAUUGAUAUGUAGGAAUCACCUCUUCAUCUCCACCAAAAAUCAAAGGUAAGGAAUAGGACUAAAUCAAAUCAAACUUUAUUUAAAGUGCACUUAAAGUUUGAUUUGAUUUAUUCCUAUUCUUUAACUUGAAUUUUUGGUUGAGAUGGAGACGUGAAUCCAACAUAUUAAUUAUUAACUUGAAGAUUAUAUUUCCACCAAAGUUUACAACCCUAUGACUAUUUGUAUUGUCUAUUUUUAGUUUAGUCAUUUAGCAGACGCUCUUAUCCAGAGCGACUUACAGUUAGUGAGUGCAUACAUUUUUCAUACCCUGAGUUGAAUUUAAACGCUCACAAGAGCGGAAAUUCAAUUGUUUUUAGCUGAAAGACGAUGCCCAUAGCUUACGCAUGAUGUUGCACAACGAUUUAAGUCAAUAAGUCAUAGUUUUAGUCAAUAUAUGAUAUAUUUGGGCUUGAAGUGGGAAAUCCAAAGUAGUAACUAAAUAUAUUUUCUGUGUCAAUGCCGUGUGUUUCACUUAUGAGAUGACAUGCUAAUACUUUUCAAUCUACGUUUCUUUUCGGGGCUGGGUUUUAUUUGAAUGUUACCACCCAUCAGCAUGGCAUUGUUUAUUAAUCAGAAACACCUGCAAAGUUCUUCCUCACGACUGAGCCAAACAGCUUUUUGCCGUAUCCUACACUUGGCCGCCUUAGCUAUGGAGCAAAUAAUUUUUUUGCACCUCCACUUUUUUACCAGCAAAUUAUCAUAAUCCAUUGGAUAAUUUGUCAAAUUUCACUUUUUAUUUAGCUAGUCUGUAUAAAAAUAAAAAAAUGACAUUUUUAUAAAUUAUUACAUUGCAUUUGAUAUGACUGCAUUUUGGAACCCCGCUCCUCCCAAGAUGAAUGGUUUUGACCACGCUCCACUGCUUUGAUUGGUGCAGCUAGAAACCACAAGUGUCUAUCCUAUAAUGAAAAGGCACCUGCAAAAGAAAAUUACACAAACUAGUUUAUCUAUUUUGUUGUGCUGUUUUUACAUUUGUAUUGAUGUGUUCGAUCGUCUCAGGAUGUUGUUACAUACACUAUAUACAGUGGGGAAAAAAAGUAUUUAGUCAGCCACCAAUUGUGAAAGUUCUCCCACUUAAAAAGAUGAGAGAGGCCUGUAAUUUUCAUCAUAGGUACAUGUCAACUAUGACAGACAAAAUGAGAAAGAAAAAUCCAGAAAAUCACAUUGUAGCAUUUUUAAUGAAUUUAUUUGCAAACUAUGGUGGAAAAUAAGUAUUUGGUCAAUAACAAAAGUUUCUCAAUACUUUGUUAUAUACCCUUUGUUGGCAAUGACACAGGUCAAACGUUUUCUGUAAGUCUUCACAAGGUUUUCACACACUGUUGCUGGUAUUUUGGCCCAUUCCUCCAUGCAGAUCUCCUCUAGAGCAGUGAUGUUUUGGGGCUGUCGCUGGGCAACACGGACUUUCAACUCCCUCCAAAAAUGUUCUAUGGGGUUGAGAUCUGGAGACUGGCUAGGCCACUCCAGGACCUUGAAAUGCUUCUUACGAAGCCACUCCUUCGUUGCCCGGGCGGUGUGUUUGGGAUCAUUGUCAUGCUGAAAGACCCAGCCAUGUUUCAUCUUCAAUGCCCUUGCUGAUGGAAGGAGGUUUUCACUCAAAAUCUCACGAUACAUGGCCCCAUUCAUUCUUUCCUUUACACGGAUCAGUCGUCCUGGUCCCUUUGCAGAAAAACAGCCCCAAAGCAUGAUGUUUCCACCCCCAUGCUUCACAGUAGGUAUGGUGUUCUUUGGAUGCAACUCAGCAUUCUUUGUCCUCCAAACACGACAAGUUGAGUUUUUACCAAAAAGUUCUAUUUUGGUUUCAUCUGACCAUAUGACAUUCUCCCAAUCCUCUUCUGGAUCAUCCAAAUGCACUCUAGCAAACUUCAGACGGGCCUGGACAUGUACUGGCUUAAGCAGGGGGACACGUCUGGCACUGCAGGAUUUGAGUCCCUGGCAGCGUAGUGUGUUACUGAUGGUAGGCUUUGUUACUUUGGUCCCAGCUCUCUGCAGGUCAUUCACUAGGUCCCCACGUGUGGUUCUGGGAUUUUUGCUCACCAUUCUUGUGAUCAUUUUGACCCCACGGGGUGAGAUCUUGCGUGGAGCCCCAGAUCGAGGGAGAUUAUCAGUGGUCUUGUAUGUCUUCCAUUUCCUAAUAAUUGCUUCCACAGUUGAUUUCUUCAAACCAAGCUGCUUACCUAUUGCAGAUUCAGUCUUCCCAGCCUGGUGCAGGUCUACAAUUUUGUUUCUGGUGUCCUUUGACAGCUCUUUGGUCUUGGCCAUAGUGGAGUUUGGAGUGUGACUGUUUGAGGUUGUGGACAGGUGUCUUUUAUACUGAUAACAAGUUCAAACAGGUGCCAUUAAUACAGGUAACGAGUGGAGGACAGAGGAGCCUCUUAAAGAAGAAGUUACAGGUCUGUGAGAGCCAGAAAUCUUGCUUGUUUGUAGGUGACCAAAUACUUAUUUUCCACCAUAAUUUGCAAAUAAAUUCAUUAAAAAUCCUACAAUGUGGUUUUCUGGAAUUUUUUUCUCUCAAUUUGUCUGUCAUAUUUGACGUGUACCUAUGAUGAAAAUUACAGGCCUCUCUCAUCUUUUUAAGUGGGAGAACUUGCACAAUUGGUGGCUGACUAAAUACUUUUUUCCCCCACUGUAUACAAAAGUAAGUAGCACGUAUAAAUCGUCUGUCCUCUGUUGCAACACUCACUACCGGGUUCCAAACUGCCUCUGGAAGCAACAUCAGCACAAGAACUGUUCGUUGGGAGCUUCAUGAAAUGAAGCUUCAGCCGCACAGAAGUCUAAGAUCACCAUGCACAAUGCCAAACGUCGGCUGGAGUGGUGUAAAGCUCGCCGCCAUUGGACUCUGGAGCAUUGGAAAUGCGUCGUCUGGAGUGAUGAAUCACGCUUCACCAUCUGACAGUCCGACGGACGAAUCUGGGUUUGGCGAAUGCCAGGAGAACGCUACCUGCCCCAAUGCAUAGUGCCAACUGUAAAGUUUGGUGGAGGCGGAAUAAUGGUCUGGGGCUGUUUUUCAUGUUUCUAGACGAUUCUGUGCUUCCAAUUUUGUGGCAACAGUUUGGGGAAGGCCCUUUCUUGUUUCAGCAUGACAAUGCCCCCGUGCACAAAGUGAGGUCCAUACAGAAAUGGUUUGUCGAGAUUGGUGUGGAAGAACUUGACUGACCUGCACAGAGCCCUGACCUUAACCCCAUCGAACACCUUUGGGAUGAAUUGGAACACCGACUGCAAAUAAGGAAUAAUCGCACAACAUAAGAGUGGAGGCUGUUAUAGCAGCAAAGGGGGGGACCAACUCCAUAUUAAUAGCCAUGAUUUUGGAAUGAGAUUUUUGAACUGUGCUUCCGCAGAGGUAGGGGAGCCAGCAGGCCAGAGGUGGAUGAACGCAAUGCCCUCGUUUGGGUGUAGGGAGUGAUCAGAGCCUGAAGGUACGGAGGUGCCGUUCCCCUCACAGCUCCGUAGGCAAGCACCAUGGCCUUGUAGCAGAUGCGAGCUUCAACUGGAAGCCAGUGGAGUGUGCGGAGGAGCGGGGUGACGUGAGAGAACUUGGGAAGGUUGAACACCAGACGGGCUACGGCAUUCUGGAUGAGUUGUAGGGGUUUAAUGGCACAGGCAGGGAGCCCAGCCAACAGCGAGUUGCAGUAAUCCAGACGGGAGAUGACAAGUGCCUGGAUUAGGACCUGUGCCGUUUCCUGUGUAAGGCAGGGUCAUAUUCUCCGAAUGUUGUAGAGCAUGAACCUACAGGAUCGGGUCACCGCCUUGAUGUUAGCGGAGAACGACAGGGUGUUGUCCAGGGUCACGCCAAGGCUCUUCGCACUCUGGGAGGAGGACACAACGGAGUUGUCAACCGUAAUGGGAGAUCAUGGAACGGGCAGUCCUUCCCCAGGAGGAAGAAGCAGCUCCGUCUUGCCAAGGUUCAGCUUGAGGUGGUGAUCCGUCAUCCACACUGAUAUGUCUGCCAGACAUGCAGAGAUGUCAUUGUAGUCUAUCAUUUCACUUCCUCUAGCUGUGAGAACCAUGGCAUGAGCAUGGGCUGACUUGACAUUGCUGUACCGCAGCUGAAUAGCCUGCCAGCAGCCUACCAAAGGUUGCACCGUGUCCAUUACAAUGUCGAAAAACUAAACUCAAGUCCAAACCGUUCAAUAGUUAGGCUAUCCAUAUUACCAGAGAUUAAUCUUAUUCUUUGUAUUUCUAUGGCGGAUUCAUGGAAGAUGACAAAACUUUGGAGAUAACAAUACAUGUCAAAGUCAAAUAUACUGGCUUCCCCUAUUCAUCUUUGGCAAAGCUUUCCCUAAAUGCAUGUUAUGAGAAAUCCAGCUCCAGAACCAGCCAUAGCCUAGCCAGCUGGCUAAUCUUUUGAAUAAGGUAUAGUAAAAAAAAAAAGCUACAACAGAUACCAUUAGCUAGCUAGAUAAGGUUAGUAUGCUAGCUAGCUACACUGACGCUGUCAGUGCCCCUACUUGUUGUUAUUUCUCCACUCCACGUGGAAAUCACCACAACGUUCCCACCCCUAAUUCGCGAAUAUGUAUUAGCAGCCUUUGUGAUUCUGUCUCUGGUGGGGGCCUUUAAAACAAUAGAUGUUGAUGACAUCGCAAAUGCUAUAUACAGUGGGGAGAACAAGUAUUUGAUACACUGCCGAUUUUGUAGGUUUUCCUACUUACAAAGCAUGUAGAGGUCUGUAAUUUUUAUCGGACGGAAUCUAAAACAAAAAUCCAGAAAAUCACAUUGUAUGAUUUUUAAGUAAUACAUUUGCAUUUUAUUGCAUGACAUAAGUAUUUGAUCACCUACCAACCAGUAAGAAUUCCGGCUCUCACAGACCUGUUAGUUUUUCUUUAAGAAGCCCUCCUGUUCUCCACUCAUUACCUGUAUUAACUACACCUGUUUGAACUCGUUACCUGUAUAAAAGACACCUGUCCACACACUCAAUCAAACAGACUCCAACCUCUCCACAAUGGCCAAGACCAGAGAGCUGUGUAAGGGCAUCAGGGAUACAAUUGUAGACCUGCACAAGGCUGGGAUGGGCUACAGGACAAUAGGCAAGCAGCUUGGUGAGAAGGCAACAACUGUUGGCACAAUUAUUAGAAAAUUGAAGAAGUUCAAGAUGACGGUCAAUCACCCUAGAUCUCACCUCGUGGGGCAUCAAUGAUCAUGAGGAAGGUGAGGGAUCAGCCCAGAACUACACGGCAGGACCUGGUCAAUGACCUGAAGAGAGCUGGGACCACAGUCUCAAAGAAAACCAUUAGUAACACACUACGCCGUUAUGAAUUAAAAUCCUGCAGCGCACGCAAGGUCCCCCUGCUCAAGCCAGCGCAUGUCCAGGCCCGUCUGAAGUUUGCCAAUGACCAUCUGGAUGAUCCAGAGGAGGAAUGGGAGAAGGUCAUGUGGUCUGAUGAGACAAAAAUAUAGCUUUUUGGUCUAAACUCCACUCGCCGUGUUUGGAGGAAGAAGAAGGAUGAGUACACAACCCCAAGAACACCAUCCCAACCGUGAAGCAUGGAGGUGGAAACAUCAUUCUUUGGGGAUGCUUUUCUGCAAAGGGGACAAGACGACUGCACCGUAUUGAGGGGAGGAUGGAUGGGGCCAUGUAUCGCGAGAUCUUGGCCAACAACCUCCUUCCCUCAGUAAGAGCAUUGAAGAUGGGUCGUGGCUGGGUCUUCCAGCAUGACAACGACCCAAAAGACACAGCCAGGGCAACUAAGGAGUGGCUCCGUAAGAAGCAUCUCAAGGUCUUGGAGUGGCCUAGCCAGUCUCCAGACCUGAACCCAAUAGAACAUCUUUGGAGGGAGCUGAAAGUCCGUAUUGCCCAGCGACAGCCCCGAAACCUGAAGGAUCUGGAGAAGGUCUGUAUGGAGGAGUGGGCCAAAAUCCCUGCUGCAGUGUGUGCAAACCUGGUCAAGACCUACCUACAGUAUGAUCUCUGUAAUUGCAAACAAAGGUUUCUGUACCAAAUAUUAAGUUCUGCUUUUCUGAUGUAUCAAAUACUUAUGUCAUGCAAUAAAAUGCAAAUUAAUUACUUAAAAAUCAUACAAUGUGAUUUUCUGGAUUUUUGAUUCCGUCUCUCACAGUUGAAGUGUACCAAUGAUAAAAAUUACAGACCUCUACAUGCUUUGUAAGUAGGAAAACCUGCAAAAUCGGCAGUGUAUCAAAUACUUGUUCUCCCCACUGUAGGCCUAAAUAGUAUCGUUCAUCAUAUGACUUAUAAAGUAUGGGUACAUUUAAUUUGCGCUGUUAAACCUAUCCUUUGGAAUGACUUUGAUAACAGUGAAUCUAUUUAGUUAUUAAGAGUUCUCAAUAAUAAUUCUCAUGAUAGCAUAUUGGUAGUAGUGACAAUGACAAAUAUCAAAGCUGGGCAUGGUUAAAACCAUGGAUGGGAGACCAAAUGGAUAGCUGUAGAUAGAUUCACUCUCCAGUAGGAGAUGCUGCCCAGCCUAUAGUUUUUUUUCUGAUAGUGGAUAUAACGUUGGUGAUCUGACGUUGUUUCAACGGUACAAAUUCAACAUAUUUUAUACAAGGUGUGUAUAUGUAGAUUUAUUUUCCUCCGUGAUCACAUAAUCCUGUGGUUGAAAUAUCACCCUCUAAACUGCAGUUUACGUUGUGAAUUGUUUUCAUCCAAUGUAUUUUCCAUACAGAUCUCACGUCACAAUACAUUGAGAAAUUACGUUGAAACAACGUUGAUUCAAUCAGUUUGUGCCCAGUGGUCAGACAAGAUGCAAAACCCAAACCCAUUUCCUGCCUUUGUGUUGGCGGAGUACCAAGUGGAAAUGACUAAAUGGUUCGCAGCAUGGAAGUUAAAUACACUAGGUCAACAACAACCUGUCUUAAGGGGAUAAGAGUAAAACGGGUAGUCUUACUAUUAAUGAAACCUCUUUAUUCUGUCAUCCACAAGGCCUCAACUAAACAAAGGAACCGUUCUAAGCUUGUAUAACAGACAUGGCUAUUUGGCUAGCUAGGCCUAUAGAGAGGCAACUCGCUCGCACACUAAAUGACAAGCAAUUGUCUAAGCCGUGACCAUAAUCAAUACUAUGCUAUCCGUGAGUGUGCACUAUAUGGCUAAAUACACUUCAUAACAUAAGUAAUGAGAUUGAAAGCAGUUUUCUUACCAAGCUGCUGGUGGGCUGUUUCAUCUGCUUUUGAAAGUGAAACUGUGCUUAACAGACAAAUGAUAUGAAUGCUUUGACUGGAAAGAGAAAGUGGAAGGAGAGUGGAAAAGAGAGAGACCAGUGAAACUUAACUCUAGUAAUGUUUGCUGAGGCAGUGAGUAGUGUUAGCCUAAACGUAUGCCUACAGUAAAAAUGUUUGAAUGAUGUAGAAAUUAGAUAAGAUUUUAACUCAUUGGAAUGAUUCUACUUUUAUCAGCAGAAUGUUAAUGUUAUGAGAGUUUAGCUUCGAACAUACAGUACAUAUCUUUCUUUGUUUGGAGUUCCAUAAAUGCAUUCCUCAAUAGAAUUCAAGGUGCAGGGGCAGUCCCUAGCAAGGGGAAGGGUGAUGUAAGAUUAUCUACGGUAGGACAAAGUCUGCUAGUUGUAUGUAUAUAAGCUAGGCCCAGAUACAGAUAACUGGCGUAGUUAUGGAGGAAGGAAACAAUGGUCAAAUUCCUUGUGUGGGCUGUUGUUUUGCACUUUCAAAAGUGAACAAUUCUAAAUGUGUACGAGAUCGCCAUAGAAGCUCUGUAUAAAAAAAAAACUAGAACCGACUGAUAGUUUUGAGAUCUUACGCAACUUUUUACAAAAAGAGUUGAAGUCUUUUUUUCAGUACUAGUACAAUAAGACUUUUGUAAGACCUUUUCAUUCCCGUAUGGGUUCUUCACUUGUCACUGCUUGAAUGUGCUUCAACUCGUUUUUCCUGUUUCGCACCCUGUGAACCUCCUCCCUUCACUAUAGAGAAAUCAACAUGGCACAGCCUUCUCUGCUCAGACUAAAGAAAAGAUCUAACCACAUAUCCAUAGCAUGUACCUGUGUGCUGCAAGACUGUGUUAGCCUACUGAGAAAAAGCCUAGGCAUUAGCUUAGGGAGCCAACACAAGUUCAUCAUGUGAGUGUGGUGCCAAUUCUGCCAAACCACCUCAGUUACAUUAUAUUAAGCCCUCACUUCAUUGUUUUAGAAAGGGAACACAGGCUGUGUUGGGCUUGGCAGUUGGCACCAAAGUAUGGAAAGUCCUCCAACUCACUGAAAGACUGGAAAUUCCUCACAGGAGGAUAUUGCUAAUUGUUUUGGGUGUGCCUUGGUACUGUGAUACUAAGGACGUUGUACAACAUGGCUCCCAUGUCCUUGACAUUUAUGUGAGAUCAGGUGUAUAAAAAACAUUUUAGGGUGUGGCUUUGGUUCCCUAGACUGUCAUGGUUGGCCAUUGGGAAAAUGAGCACAAAUAACAACAUAUUCACACUUGGAAAUAAACCAAAACCCUUUGACUGUGUGAGGCAUUUAUUAAAUAAAAUGUUUAUUAUAAUAUUCAUAUUUCCACUUCUCAAAUUAAAUAUUUGAAUGUAAUUAAACCUACAUAUUUUUAUUCCUUGUACUACAAAUAUUUAGUUCAGCUAACAUCUUUCAAGGUCAUCAAGCCUUGUUCUGCACUGAAUAUUGUUGUUUUGGUUUUAUCAGAGAGAGGAUGUUGGCACACUCACCACCCCAUGUUCUUGCUGUGGGAACAGACGUGACAAUGAUGUGAAUUUUCUUGUUAACUCAGGUGUGUACGUGUCCAAGUACUCCGACUGCCUGGACCUAAACCGCUGGUAUCACGGGAAGUCUGGAUACAUCGCCAUCAUCAGGCUCACCAAGGUAUUUACAUAGUUACGGACCACAGAGGCGUUGCGAUGGGUAACUUCACUGUUGAAGGUUCUUCUCUAGGUUAUUUCCUUCUAAGGAGUUUUUCCUUGCCACCGUGCUUCUGCUUGAAAUUUGGGGUUUAGGUCGAGUUACUGCAAUGCACUUUGUGACAACUGCUGAUGUAAAAAGGGCUUUAUAAAUACAUUUGAUUGAUUUGUUUGUUGAAAGGGCUUGUCAUUAAUAUUCUCUCUUUUUUGGGGGGGGGGGGGUUCUACAGGGCAGAGUGAGAGAGGUGACAGAGAACUACACAGUAAACUACACCUCUCCCUCUAAUGGGUUUGACUGUCAUGUAUCAGAGCAGCUCAGUGCUGUGUCAGCCAACACCAGCUCCUUCCUGGCCUUCGAGAGAACACAGGUGAGAUUCCUCCAUCCAUCAUCCCUCUAUCAUUCAUCCCUCCGUGUCAAUCUGUGUACCUUUCCAGUAGGAAAAACUAGUUGUAAUGAGGUCAUUUCAAUCAGCUUUGCCUGCUGGGUUUCGGGUUGUGUUGCCUUCAAUUGUCAAAUGUGCACUCCGUGUGUCAAAUAAAAUAAAACAGAAGUUAAUUUAGUAAGCUACCUCUCUAAUGAAAAAAGUUAUGAUUUAUUUGUGUUUUUGCUCCAGGCAUUUAGAAAAGUUUAUAAGAUACACCUGCAGAUACAGUAGUGAUAAAUACAAUACAAUAGCAAAGCUGAAGAGAUUUGUGUUGGUCUUUGCAGUACUACAUGUAUGAGCUGCCUGGAGGAAGGGCUGACUCGACAGUCCAGCCUCCCAGCCAUGCCUGCCCAUUCGCUAUAGUGGCUUUCUCCUAUUGGGAUACCAAGACACCCGCAUCAGAGGAGCAGGAGAAAAGGUACAUUUCCCUCUUUCUCCUCAUGGGGUUUUUACGUUUUUCAGAUUCAUCGAAAAUAUUUGAUGAAAAGGAACAUCUUCUAAAACGUCCAAAAUGAUUGAUCUGUUUCUUCUCUUUUGCAGUGAGGAAGGAAAAACAGGUGAGUAAUGAAUCAAACUGUUGCAAAGGUGCUUUUGGAUAAUGUUAUGGUGCCGUUCAAUGGCAUAUCAUUACUACUACAGUACAGUGCAUUCCUACUUUAACUGAAUGCAUUAAGUUGCUCUGGAUAACAUUGUCUGCUAAAAUGUUAAUAUGAUUACAGUGUUUCACUACUACCCCUGGAGGGGCCAACUCCAAAUCAGCUCCCAGGUCUACCAUGUGGGUCUGAAGUCCAGCACAGGACCCCUGAUCCCAGCUAAACUGUAAGUUCAAUGCAACCCUAGUGUGAAGGUUUCUCCCUAUGCUAUGACUUAUAAAUACAGUAUCUUAUAAAUAUCUCUACAAUUUACAUGAUGUGGGUCGUGUUCAGUAGGGCACACCAUAGCAAAACGUUAGGCAACAAAAAACACGUUUAACUACCUGUUUUGAUGUGGUAACAUAACCUGAGAAUGUCAUUUUGUUUGAUUUCAGUCCAACAGUAAUGGCAGUUGACGGAGCCAUUAAAAUGUCAGAUCUGAGGCAGAAAUUACCGAAGGCUAUAUUUGAAACCUGCUUCAUCGGGGAAGGUACUGUCAUGUUUAUGUUUACAAAUGUAAAUGUAGGCUACUCAAAAGUGGUUUCAUUCUGAAAGCAUUUUGUUUGAGCAGUGUCACCACAAACUAACCUUCCCAGUACUAGGGUUGCAAAGGGAGGGUAUAUUACUGAAAAUGUUCUAAGUUUACCAGUAAAUUACCAGAAUUUUCAUAUCUUUCAAAGAUGUUAUGUAGUCUAUGACAAGACAUCAAGUGUCUCUUUUGGGUACUUCAGAUUAUCACAGGUGUCUGUAAUUAUCGCUGGCCCUCUGUGUGGCCUUAUCACAUGUAAAAUAUAUGACAGUAUCUGUGUGACCACCAUUUGCCUCAUGCAGCGCGACACAUCUCCUUCGCAUAGAGUUGAUCAGGCUGUUGAUUGUGGCCUGUGGAAUGUUGUCCCACUCCUCUUUAAUGGCUGUGCGAAGUUGCUGGAUAUUAGCGGAAACUGAAACAUGCUGUCGUACAUUUACAUCCAGAGCAUCCCAAACAUGCUCAAUGGGUGACAUGUCUUGUGAGUAUACAGGCCAUGGAAGAACUGGGACAUUUUCAGCUUCCAGGAACUGUGUACAAAUCCUUGCGACAUGGGGCGGUGCAUUAUCAUGCUGAAACAUGAGGUGAUUUCGUCACGGUAUCUCUGUGCAUGCAAAUUGCCAUCGAUAAAAUGCAAUUGUGUUCGUUGUCCGUAGCUAAUGCCUGCCCAUACCAUAACCCCACCGCCACCAUGGGGCACUUUUUUCACAACGUUGACAUCAGCAAACCGCUCGCCCACAUGCCAUACACGUGGUCUACGGUUGUGAGGCCGGUUGGACGUACUGCCAAAUUCUCUAAAACGACAUUGCGGGUCGCUAUUUGAAGAAUCUCAAAUAUAAAAUAUAUUUUGAUUUGUUUAACACUUUUUUGCUUAUUACAUGAUUCCAUGUGUUAUUUCAUAGAAAAUAGUAAAAAAUAAAGAAAAACCCUUGAAUGAGUAGGUGUGUCCAAACUUUUGACUGGUAGUGUAUAUAUUUUUAAGUUAUUCAACUAUAAAUUACCAAAGUUACGAUAGAUUACCAUAAAUUACCGGUAGCUUUGCAACCCUACCCAGGACAUUUUUAUGUGUUGAUUAUCUGAAUAUUUAUUCAGCUAUGACAACACCCAAUUUAUUGUGUGAGCUUUAUUUGCAUUCUUUACCAUUGAAUUAUAUUGAGUUGUACGGUUUUUCAGUUUCUCUGGAAGGAAUGGGUUGGAGUCUGUAUGAGCUGGCACCCAGUGAUGCUGAGGACACCUCUCUCUCUCAGCUCACACAGGAGCUCAAGGAGAAAGACCUGGUGAGCUUUCAUUGUUUGUAAAGUAGACUGGCAGGUUAUUGGAAGACCGGAAUGCAGUUCAUUGUUGCCUUGUCAGACCUUGAUUCUAAUAAAUCUACUUUUUCUUACCAACAGGCCCUCACAAUACAACUGAAUGAUAGUGGUUUCCUUAUACUGUUACAUUCAUCUCACUUCCUCACAUAUGAAGGUAAGACAGAACCUGUAUACGCAACAUACUGCAUUUAAAUAUAUUAUAGAUAGAAGCUAAAUAUCUAACAUUACAUUAUAAUUGUACAUUUCAGAUGCUGGGUCCAAUAAGCCAGAGGUAUUGCAGGGGAUGUUUGUGUUUCCGGAUUCCAGAGCUAUACAGAGAGGUAAUUCAAAGUAUGUGUGUGUGUGUGUGUCCAACACCUAUGCCCUAGUAUACAGUAGGGUUUUUGUCUAUUCUUUUAUAAUUUAUCCUUACGCAAUGUCAUUUUUUUUACUACAGACACCAAGAUCUGCUCGAAGAAGCCCUCCCUCUCACCAGAGGGCCUUCAGGUGGUGCCUGCACUGAACUACGCAGAGACAGAGGUGGAAAAGUGCCUCCCUGAACAGAGUGGGGAGCUACUUGGUUUACUAGAGCGACAUAUCCAGAGCUAUGCUGCCCUCAUCCACCCUGGGCUUACUAUCAGUCCAUCCAGGGAAGCCAGCAUCUUCCCAGAUCAGUUUGAUGUUCCUGACGCCCUCAAAUACCUCUACUCCACCCCAAAGUGGACUGAAAUGGGAUGGAAAUGUCUCGAGUCUUACUUCCACCAGCCGGGCUCCUUCGAGCUCUCUGUGUCCAGGGCCACGGAGCUCCUGGCGGCUGGGCGAGAGGAGCGAGGGGAUGAGCCAGAUGAUGACGUCUACUACUGUCUGUCAUCUCCAGAGGGCCCCCCCAUGACUCCUGCUAGUUUGGGUGGCCCAGAGGAGGAGCAGUCAGGGGGAGAGUCACCAGGAGACACAGCCACAUAUAUUAGUAAUGCACCUGCAGUGUCUACGGAGGACUUUGAGAAACCUGGUAUGACCAAGGCAGAUGGUAAUGCACCAAAGAAAAGAGUAGAGGAAGGGAAGAACUUGCCUUCAAAGGAGGUGCAAGAGAAGGUGCAACAUGUGCAACCCGAGGAGAUGCAGGGGGAAGUGCCUUCUGAUCUUACCAAGCCCGCAGUCCCUGCAGGGGACUUCGGGAAACCUGUCUUGAAGAAGGCCGACAAUAAUGCACCAGGGACAACUUUGAUUCCAAAAGAGGUGCAGAAGGAGCUUCCCUCUGAUCUUUCCCAGUCUGUUGUGUCGGCAGAUGAUUCUGGGAAACCUGGGAAGAACAAGGCCGACUGUAAUGUACCAGGGGUAGGAGUAGAGGAUGAAGGGACACAUUUGAACCCAGAGGAAGUCCAAGUGGAUGGGCAAAAGGAGGUGAAAGAGAAGAUGCCUUCUGAUCUUUCACAGCCUGCAGUCUCUGCAGAACACUUGAGGAAUACUGGCCCGGCAGCGUUGGGGAAGGCAGACUGUAAAGCACCAGAGGUAGGAGUAGCGAAUGAAGGGACAAACUUGCACCUGAAGGAGGUGCAAAAGGAUAUGCCCUCUGGUCUUACACAGCCUGCAGUCUCUACUGAGGAAUUGAAGAAACCUGGGCCGGCCCUGGCGACCCAGCCCAACAGUAAAGCACUAGAGGCAGGAGUAGAGGAUAAAGGGGGAAAUUUGCCUCAGAAGGAGGUGCAAGAGGAGGUUCCCUGUGAUCUUUCCCAGCUUGCAGUGUCAGCAAAGGCUUUUGCGAUAGCCAGUGUGACAGUGAUGACCAAGGCCACAGAGGUGACAGAGGUUUCAACCUCACCUGCAUCAGGUGACCUCCCAACAGUGCUAGUCAUCACUGCCACUGAAAGAACUGCAGCCGUUUUACCUCAUAAUGAGAACCUUGGCUUGAUCAAUACAGAGUCGGUCACAAAGAACUCGUCCAGUUUGCCACCAGCCAAAGUACAGGACAAGGGUGGAAGUACUCUCAAUGGGCAACGUGUCAAGGCCAAUGAGGUCAGUAAUUUCUCUAUAUCUGAUUGGAGGAAACGGCCAAGGAAACGGCGUAGAUUUAGCGGGUUGGGUAAAAGGGUCUUGAGGUCUUCAGCAGCUGAUUUUGAAGAGGAAGAAACCGAGAAGAAGGGACAUUUGGAUUCAAGUAAAGUCUACUCAUUGAAAAAGUGGAAGGAAAGGACAGAUUUAGUUCAACUUAACGCAUGGAAAAAUAAGGUUCGUCCAUUGAAAAUGCAGAGGGAACUGAUGAAUUUGACCCUAGAUCCCCCAUUGAAAAAGAAGGAAAGAAUGGAUGUAACCCAGGUUCACCCAAUGAAAAUGCAGAGGGAAGUGAUGAAUUUGAUCCAAGAUCUGCCUUUGAAAAAGAAGAAGGAAAGCAAGGAUUCAAUUAACUUUUACCCACUCAAAAGUAAGGAAAGUAUGGAUAAAAUUCACGACGGCCACCCAUUGAAAAAGAAGACAGAGCAGUGGGACUUGAAGGCGAUCAUCUCCGAAUGCGGUAGAAUCUUUGUCCCUCAUGGUUCAGAAGUUAUCGCCAAGGAUAUAGAAUCUUUGAAAGUUAUGGGGAAAGUGAUAGAUCACAAACAAUGUGCUGACGAGAUGAUGGUUGAAGCUUGUAUCGAAGUCCCCCAACCCAUACAAACAGGAGAUGAACCUGGCCUAGAGUUGAUAAAGUCAGAUGAGAACAAAGAUUCACACAUAUUGAGUGCAGACGGUAAAGACCAUCCACCAGAGGUCAAAAUGGUUGAUGUCGACAAGAUGGCCUCUCAGAACCCCUCAGAACUGGUCCAGAUCAAAGACAUGGAUUUUCCUUCCUUAGAAAAACACAAAAAGAAGCGUAAAUUUGUUGCAAUAUCCCUCAGUAAACUAAAGACUGUUUUUUCAAGAGGGGGAAAGAGGAAAACACCUCUCAAUCCUGUUUCAGAAGAUCAAACGUUACCAUUGGACAAGAAAAGCAAGGCAGAUACUGGCAUGGAUGAAAUGGAAAGUGUUCAUUUGAGUAAUUCCAGCAAAGAUAGCCCAGACAGAACCACAGGUGCUGCUGAAGUUGCAAAGGAACAGACAUUUGGCCUAGACCCAAAGUUUGCACUAGCAUUAGGCUUGACUCCUAGGGAGCAAAAUGAUGCACACAAAUCUCCAGAAAAAAGUGAUAUUCCAUUGAAGAAAGACAUUCAGAGCAGACUGGACCUGGUCACACCUCAAGACAUAUCUGACCAAAUGUCUGAGGCUUUGCCUAGCUCCCCUUUAGCAACAAUCACCGUGACGGGGCGGGGGGGACUCGAAAAGAAACGCAAGCCUGCAGACUCCAUAAGGAAAAAAUGUAAGUUCCUCUUGGGAAGUCAUGUGGUUGCUGUCAACCUCACGUCAUGCAAAUAACAGAACAUGCAGAUUGAUUUUAUUUUGUUCUACUAAACCAAACACUUAAUUAGAUAUUGAUAUUCUUCAUCUUGAUAAUUAAGUUGUGAUUGCAGUUAAUAUGUGCUGAAUUUAAAAAAAUAUGUUGAUUUAAUCCUGUUGUCUUGAAUUCCUGAUGAUUCUGUUUCUAUAUCUCUUUUUCUAUCUGAACUGCAAAGCAACACUAUGAAGUAAUAUGUUAAUAGCUUCUUACUAUUCUGGUCCCAGGUGUGUUUCUGCUGUAGUUGAUAAGACAGCACAAACUGAUCUUGGACCAGGCUAGCCUCUUGCCACCUCCUUUGCCUCUGCUUUGUCUUGCUGUGUGUCGUGCUACUGUCCCCCAGUUCAAUCUAUUACAAAUCAUAAAACAAUUUGGUUCAAUUUUGGCGAGGAGAUUUGAAUGCAGGCGACUGCCUUACAACAAUUUAAUUUCAAAGUAUUAACUAUCACUAUACGCUACUUCGUGUUUUUUGUUUUCAUACUGUUUCUUCUGUCUCUUUUCUCUGUUCUCUUUUGUUUCUACAGGGUGGUUGCACUAUCACACACCAGCUUCUUUUGAAAAUGAGAAAGUAGCACAACCUAUAUCCUCCCAACUACUGACACUUGACCCUGAUGUCAGGCGUGUUGUCAGUAGGGGUAGGCCCCGCACAGUGAAGAAAGAUGCCAGUGAUGCAUCAUGCCCACCAGCAGAUGCUCUGACCCUAUUGGCCGAUUUGGCCCUCAGUACCAGUAAUGACAAAGUACUGGCACAGCAGCCAGACCACCUGGCUCUUCAGCAACAAGAAUGCUGUCCAGGUUUGGUGAUAAGUGACAACAGUGUCAAAGAUGGUGGCUCUCCUCAUGAGCCAGAUGGUGAGCCAGAGUCUGUCCUUCAUGCUCUGCUGAAGCACCCUUCUGCUGCUAGGCUUAAACUUCCCCCUCAGUCUCCGUCACCCAAGGGGCUGGUGGUGGGGAGUGGGGAGCGGGUUGUGUUAGUCUCACAAGAGCAUUCUUACUCACUGCCGCCAUCCUCUCUACUAUUGGGUUUGUCAGGUUCAAUCCUCCAAGUCCCCAUUUCGGAGGGACUUCAGCCGCAUCACAAGGAUAUGGUCUAUGGUGACGGAACUCAAGCACUACGGGCCUUCCGGUGUCAGGAGCAGGACCAGAACAGGAAGGAACUCGGGGAGGAACCCGGAAUGGCUCCAGAAUCCAUGAGCAAAGGAAUCGGGCGCAGGCAGAAGUUCCGUCGCUUACGGCAGUUCAUCGAAAAAGACGGCUCAGUUCAAGUGACAAGGCUGUGGAAGGAAAACUAUGACUUUAAUUCAGACAGCAAGUUUACCAACAACCCAAUGGAUAUAACAGUUAUUAGAGCCCUACAUGGGUAUGUACUUACAAUUUGUAAUUUACACUGAACAAAAAUAUAAACACAACAUGCAACAAUUUCAAAGAUUUGACAAAGUUACAGUUCAUAUAAGGAAAUCAGUCAAUUGAAUUACAUUAAUUAGGCCCUAAACGAUGGAUUUCACAUGACUGGGAAUACAGAUAUGCAUCUGUUGGUCACAGAUACCUUAAAAAAAGGUAGAGGCGUGGAUCAGAAAACCAGUCAGUAUUUGGUGUGACCACCAUUUGCCUCAUGCAGCGUGACACAUCUCCUUCAAAUAGAGUUGAUCAGGCUGUUGAUUGUGGCCUGUGGAAUACUGUCCUACUCCUCUUCAAUGGCUGUGCGAAGUUGCUGGAUAUUGGCGGAAACUGGAACACGUUGUCGUACACGGUUGUGAGGCCGGUUGAAUGUACUGCCAAAUUCUCUAAAACUACAUUAGAGGUGGCUUAUGGUAGAGAAAUGAACAUUCAAAUCUCUUGCUACAGCUCUGGUGGACAUUCCUGCAGUCAGCAUGCCAAUUGCACGCUUCCUAAAAACUUGAGACAGCUGUAUCAUUGUGUUGUGUGACAAAACUGCACAUUUUAGAGUGGCCUUUUAUUGUCCCCAGCACAAGGUGCACUUGUGUAAUGAUCAUGCUGUUUAAUCAGCUUCUUGAUAUGCCACACCUGUCAGGUAGAUGGAUUAUCUUGGUAAAGGAGAAAUGCUCACUAACAGGGAUGUAAACAAAUUUGUGCAAAAAUGAGAGAGAUAAGCUUUUUGUACGUAAGGAACAUUUCUGGGAUCUUUUAUUUCAGCUCAUGAAACAUGGGACCAACACUACAUUUUGCAUUUAUAUUUUUGCUCAGUGUAAAUAAAAAUAUAUUCAGUUUGAUUAGUUAUGCAUCUAGUAGUUAGAAGAAAGGACAAGUGAAGAGUUUGCUAGAGACAGAAAGCUUAUUCUAUAAUACUCUAUGUAUCUGUGACUAAUUGUUUGACUGGAAUUUGAUCUUUCUCUGUCCCUUUCCUUCAUCCCUCUGCACUCCCUCUCUGUACAGCCCAUGGGAUUUCAACAUUGAGGACACAAACGAACAGGUUCAGCUCAUCAUCCACAUGUGGAUAGGUCUUUUCUACAGCAGGUCCACUGCUAGGUUCUUCCAGGCAGACCCAAGUCUUCCAUGUUUGGAAGAAAAAUAUUCUACAGAAGUGGAUCAUGGAAUGGUACAAACCCAGGUUCCAUCUGAGACCAAGACAAGUUCCCCUGCUUAUAUUGCCCCUUCCAGGAUACCAGAACCUGAAGUUCUGGACCUUAGUAACACGGGUGAAAAAGAAGCACAACCAUUAAGCUUGGAACCUGAGGUAUUAGACCUUUCAAUGAAAACAGCCUCGGCUGUGUUAGAUGUCACUGUAGACACAAAGGAUUCCCCUGAGUCCAAGCAAAGACUAGAUUUUAAAAAUCCUCCAGUAUACCAACCAGAAAGUGGACUCCACAAGGAAACCAUCUCUUUUCACAAACAAAGUACAGGUCUUGAGUUAAAGGUUAGAAAACAAAUAUAUAUGUAAAGCACAAAUGUUUUCCAAUAAAUAUUUUGUUGACAUGAUACACAUUUUAGUUUUGCAAUGAUUCAUUGUUUAUCUUGCUAUUCUCUUUUCUCUACAGGUUUACAGAGACCGUGUGGACAGCAUGAUGUCAGACAACGCGAGUGAACUUGAUGAUGAUGAAACGAACAACCAUGAGAUUGACAGCAAUGGUACCCUCCAAAAUGAUGUGUCCCCUAACAGAAGAACUUUGGAAAGUGAUGGAUCGUACAUUCUCUUGUGUGAACAGACAGCAAGUGUGUACAUUAAUCAAGAAAAGGUCCUGGAGACUCAAAGAACUGCCCAGGGUUUGGAGGGCAAAGCCGAAAAGGAAAUCCAAAAGGAGGAGAGGAGCCAUGAUGGAGAACAAAACAUAGCAAGUCUUAAAACCAUGGAAUCUAAAGAUGUUGAUAAGGCACAACGAGUUAAAGAUAACGAUUCAGUCAAAACAAUGUCAUGCACAGAGGUGCUGGGGGAUGGUGACGUUACCAACAUGGCUGACAGAGUUGAGCGUAAUGCAAGUGAACCCAGAGAUGGGUCUUACGUUGCCAUCUGUGAUGGCAGUGAGUCCAAAAAGGAGACGCACAAAGCAUAUCAUAGCGUGAAGGAUUCUGUUGAAGCAGCAAAACCAGAGGCAGUGCAUGUUGGGAAAGACACCACAAACAAGGAAAUCAAUGCACAACCUGCUGGGAAUGUUGGGAAUGAUUCCAUUGACAAGGCACUCAAAGCAAUGCAUGAUGAAAAGAUUCCCAAAGAUGUGUCACGGGAUGAUGGGAACUCCAAAAAUGAGGUGCAAACUGCAUUGCAGGAAGGGAAUGAUACUAGAGAUGAGGCACUAUCAGCGGUGAAUUAUGAAAAAGAUUCAGGAGAUAGAGCAGCACCUGCAGUGUGUGAUGGGAAUAAUUCUGUGGCUGAGACGCCACCAGAGAUAUCACAUAAUGAAAAUGAUUCCCAUAAAGAAACACCGCCAGUGGCGCAUGAUGGAAAUGAUUCGAGAACCACGACACUACCUGUGAAAUUGUAUAGCAAGCUGUAUAUAGACAAAGAACCCAUUGCAGUGCAUGAUAGAAAUGCUUCCACCGAUGAGGUACUACCAAUGGAGCAGGUUGGGGAUGUUUCUGUUGGCACUACUAGAGUACUGCCAGAGAUGCAGGGUGAGAUUCAAUCUAAAGAUGAGGUACUGACCACGAGAGUAUUUCCAGUAUGUGAUGGGAACACGCCUUGUGUAGGUGAGUUCGACACACCCAUUCAGUCCAAGGAUGUUUCUGGAGAGGCUAAAACAGUAGUUAAGACUGAUUUCAAUGGGAUUAGGGAUUCUAAGGAUCAGAAACAGAUAUCAAUGCCGGGUCAGAGUAAAUCUGAUAUUGACACACAAGGGCCCCAACAUUCUCAAGACGAGACAUCAGAAAUACUGACAGGCCAGGUAGAAAUACCACUGAUUCAAGUAGGAUUUCCCAGGGAAGAUAUCACACACAAAGAUGUUCUACAUUCACACAGUCAGACAUCAGAGACAGUGCGUGCUCAGAUUGAAAUACCAUUUAUUGGAGUAGAAUUACCAUUCAUUGAAGUAGAGAAGGAUAGCAAGGAAAUCAUGCACACAGAGUUGCACGACACUCACUCAUGUCAGAAAGAGACACCAAUCUCUUCAGUGUGUCAUAGGGAUCAUUUGUUUUCAGAUGAAAUGCUUACAAUAGUUUCAAAGGGAACUGAAUCUGUCAGUAGAUGCCCAACCCCUACCGUGGACGAUGUGCCGUAUGGUUACAUCCCGAUUCCUGACAUCUACAGUGGCUCCUUGGCUAUCUGCGAUACCGGUGGGGUCAGCAAACCCCUCAGCACCAGGGAAGGUCACAGCAGAUGCCCAACGCCUACACAAGAUGAGCCACCUUUCGUUACAGAAUUGUCUUAUGACCAUCACACACCGAAGACUGUUUUGUUGCCCGAUUCGAAAGACACCAACAUGCCCAACCUCAAUAGUGGUCUUGCUCUUAUUGAAAAGGAAAAGGCUCAUGGUGAACCACAUGAACCAAGUGUUAGUAGCAGCUCUAGCUCUGUAGAGAAUAUGUUGCAUAAAUCCAGCAACAACAAUAACAAACCAAAUCAUCUGGAAGCCAUUGGUAAUCAGUUGUCUCAAGUAUGGACUGAACCCCGCAAGAAGCCAGUCGCCACUAGCACACCUCUCAACACUCCCUAUACUUCUUCAAAGGAAAAAAACGAUUACAAUCCUUACUCAAAUAUGCGAUUUACCCCUGCUGAACAAGACCUGUGUGCUCUUUCAAGUCACGAUUCACUGCAUAGGAUCCCUGACUCCUCUCCCAAAACCCAUAGCACCUUAACAGAGAAAGCAGCAUUCUCUGUGCCAUCAAUCCACCUUGAAGUCCUGUCCAAUGAAUCAACAGAAAGAACAUUAACUCGGGACUUGAGUGAAAUCGCUUUGGAAGGAGACACUAACUUGUGUCCUGACUCAGAGAUUAUCAUACAGUCCAUCCGUCAGAGUAUCCCAGGAGUAAGUGGACCUACAGCAGCUUCUCAGAACCUUUCAGUGCACAACUUUACUGACCACCAUCCAUACAGCCAACAACCUGCCAUGGCUGUGAAUCUCUCGAAGAGUGAAGACAGCAGAGGAGAGUACAGCUGGAAAGAAGGACAAACGGAUAUUGACCCUAUGUCUUCAGAUGUUCUCAAAAGCAAACAAACCGAUGCCCCUGUCCACUCAAACACUAAUGCUUACCCGUAUAACACACCAUAUGUCACUGAGAUGAGGAGACAGAUUGCAAGUUUGCAAGAUUAUGAGGAUGUUAUGGAUGAAAGUGAGGGGCCUGCUGUAGAUCAAGACAACAUUGAAUCUAGUCUAGAGACAAAUUGGGUAUCAGAUGACAAACACGCAAGUAGUACAUCCCGGGUGAAUAAAACAAAACUUGACUUCAUCAAUUCUUUACGCCAGUAUCAGCAAUGGGAGAAAAGGGAAUUUGAUGACGUUUUGGACUUCAGCAAGCAAGGCACUUCCUCUUCGGUCACCUUCCAGUCUGAAGAAUCAGACAAAAUAUUUACCUGUAUGGAAGAGAACAAACAGGACUGGUUAAAGUAUUGUAGGCCAGAAAGGAGUGGGAACACCUCCAAAAGCCACGAGGAAGUCUCCUCAGUUGCAAAGCCAUGCCUAGUUACAGUUUUGGAUCACAAAGGAAACAGAAUCACCUAUGAAAACUGUCCCGUUCUGAAACCGUCAACAAGCAUGCACACAUGGACAGUUCCAAACUCAAACAGACAGGGCUCGAGCAGUUUUGUGGAGUUCUCCAAGAGGUGGGAUGAUACACAUAACGCUGAUGAAUCUGACCUCACUCAGUCUUCUAUGGAUCUGGAGACCCUUAUCUUCUCAGAGAGAAUGAACCAGAUGCUAAAACGUAAAAGGAAGAGCAGCAGCAGCAGGUACAACCAAUCAAGACACCACAGGUCAAAUGUAGAAGAAAGAGCUUCCUCCUGUAGCCCGGCUGUGACAGUGCACUUUUCCAGCCUGCAGGAACAGGAAAGCUCGGAAGACCACUGGGAAGGACUACCUUCAUUCGCAGGGCAGAAGUUGAAAGUAGAUAUGCCUGAAAGGACAGGUAUGCCUGAAGAAACAGACAGAGAUAUGCCACAGCAUCUUCAAAAACUCUCCUAUACAAAGGGCAGUGAGAUGACGCAUGUCAACGUUUCAGAUCUGGUUGCGGAAAGUUUCAAGGCAUACCAUGCCAUGAUGACUGCGGUCUGUGCAGGCAGAAAGUACCCACACAGAACUGAGAGACUCAAGAGGGAAGAAGCAAAGAGAAAUAGUUCGCCAAAGUCUCGAGCCCCAAGCAAAGACAAAGACUUCUGUGGGCAGAUGAAGAAGGACAUGUAUGACAACCUGCAUGAUAAUCUGAACUCUGUUGUGAAACAGUCAUGUAAGAACAAGUUCAGGUUCUACAUAUUGGUGACAUCAGAUGACCCAUUCUUCAAAGAGACAAAGGUAAGAUUAACGUAAAUGUUAGCCUGGUUCUAGAUCAGUUUGUGCUGUCUUGCCAACUUCUAUGGUCAGUGUCAAAUGACCAUAGCCUAUGCAGCGCAAACAGAUCUGGGACCAGGGUACGAAACCGUACCAUAAGUUGUACAACAAUGAAAGCCAAAGUUCAUUCUUGCGCCAUUUUUAAAAACUAGCUUGUUAUAUUUGUAGGAGCUGUUAGAAGCAGAAGGCCACAUAGCGGUACAACAGUCUCAAUUCUGCCUUGGAAAGGAUAGUUCCUCGUCCCCUCUAUACAUUAUCUUGAGGAAUGAAGAUAUUGCUGAACACAUUUGUGAGGUAAGACUGUUAUACCAUUGUAGACUUAUAAAAGUAUCUCAAACUCCCGGAAAAGGAUAAGCAAUCCAGGUUCGAAAUCCAGCCUUUUUGAAUCGGUAUACGUUGGAUUACAUUAUCAUCGUAAUUUUUAGAUUUCUGUUUUACCCUCAGGUCCCUCACUUGCUCGAAUUGAAGAAGGCUCAGAAUGUGUUGUUUGCUGGUAUUGAUCGUCCUGAUGACAUUGUGAACCUGACCCACCAAGAACUCUUCAGCAAAGGCGGUUUUGUGGUGUUUGAGGGAGCAGCACUGGACACACUGAGUCUCAGUAUGGGCGCUUCCCGAUUUGCAAGAGACCAUAUAUAAAAGUGCAUUUGUUACAUUUCAUUAUGUUUUCACAACUGUCAAUCUCUACACGCAACUAUGAUGUCCCUGGUCCCAGAUCAGUUUGUGUCAUCUUGCCAACUGCUAUGGCCGAUGUUUGGCAUGAAACAGAUCUGGGGCCAGGCUAUAAUGUCCCCUCCUACAUUGCAUAGAUGUGUAUGACUCACUCAAUGUCUCUUUCUUUCUCUUAGGCAACAUUAAGAAAAUGUCUGUUUUCCUGGAGGGGCUGAGUAAAAAGGGGAAGUGGAAAUGGCUCUUGCACUAUAGAGACAGCCGGAUGCUGAAAGAGAACGCACGGUAAGCUUAUUCUUGCGCUUGUAAAAGUUCAAUCACGGUGCAGGUAGUCAAAGACACUGUGUUUGUAAGAAUCCAGGCCAGAGUAAUUUUUGUAAUUCAAGGAAACUAAUGUUCCCAUAAAGAUUCUAACUAACUGCCGGAACUGGUCAUCCCUCCUUCUACAGGUCUAGUGCUGAGGCACAGGGUAAAAAGAGCUUCAUGGACGUCUGCCAGGAGGCUGGAAUGGUGGAGGUCUUACCCUACCAUGAAUGUGACGUCAUUUCAAGGGCACGACCCAACUACCUCCACUGUCUAGUCCGCCUGCAGGUCCAGAAUGUAUCAGCUCGUCUACCUGUAUUUAUAACUGGUGAGAGAUCAGACUUUUUCCCUAUACUGCAUUCGUUAAGAUUAGCUACAUUUAUGGUAUUUUGGGGUUAAUUAGUAGGACCUUUAACAUUGAAAGAAAUUCUAUGUUUGCAAUACAUAGGGAUUCUUAGUCGCAAGAAUGCUAGUUUCUGACAAUUAUUUCUUUAUUUUGCAGACACAACGGCAGACAAAGCGUUUGCAAAACAUGGGAUAUUCACAAUGAAUAUUAACUCCUUCCUGCUGAUUUCUCAGAGUGACACUUGCACUAUUUCUUAAGCUGAUGGGGAAGCCUUCGACAGAAGUCUUCAAUACAUCAAAUUCAAAUCACAUUUGAUUUAUAAAGCCCUUUUUAUACUGAACAAAAAUAUAAACGCAACAAUUUCAAAGAUUUUGCUGAGUUACAGUUCAUAUAAGGAAAUCAUUAGGCCCUAAUCUAUUAUGGAUUUCACGACUGGGCAGGGGUGUAGCCAUGGGUGGUGGGUGGGCCCACACCCACGCCACCCACUUAGUAGCCAGGCCCAGCCAAUCAGAAUGAGUUUUCCCCCACAAAAUGAAUUUAUUACAGAAAUUCAGUGUACAUGUAUUUUUUUUAUUGAACCUUUAUUUAACUAGGCAAGUCAGUUAAGAACAAAUUCUUAUUUACAAUGACGGCCUACACCGGCCAAACCCGGAUGACGCUGGGAGAAUUGUGCACCGCCUUAUGGGACUCCCAAUCACAGCCAGAUUGUUAUAGUGCCUGGAACUGAACCAGGGUCUGUAGUGACGCCUCUAGCACUGAGACGCAGUGCCUUAGACCGCUACGCCACUCGGGAGCCCAUGAUCAACAGCUGUUAUUUAAAUUAAACCGACUCAAACUUCAAAGAGCAAGCAGAAGAACAGUGGCAAGGGAAACCUUGUAACCUCGAGAGGAACCAGACUCAGAAGGGGAGGCCCCUUUACUCCAAAAUCUGCUUUUUAGGGGGUUCUUGGGAGUUUUCUCCUAAGUUUGACACACUGAUC